AUGCGAAGGACUGUCGAUCACUGUUUUGCUGACAUCGUCUCAUCACCAUCAGGGUGUCUCCUGACUGAUAUCGAGUAUGCCGACGAUGUUAUUUUCGCGAAAAGCAGUACUAAAUUUCAACAUGUUGUCAUACUUUUAUCGAAGCUAACAACAGUCUAUGGAUUACGUCUCCUCUUUGAUAUGUAUGAGUUCUGUUACUUGAAUUAUAUGCUGAACGACAGCUAUAAAAGUGAUGGGCUAAGUAGUUGCUCACUUGGAUGCACCGUCUGCGGUGACGAUGCAGCUUCACUAUGGUACAAUGAUGAUCUUUAUGCGGAAUUCGAUGUAAUAUGCCGACCUAUGGCAUGUGGAAGCAGAGUUCAGCUUGCCCAAAUGAUCCCACCUGCUGACGCAUUGAUCAUACUACUAGUCACUACCUUAACUGAAAUGAAGGCGGAUCCAAAUAGCGAAGAAGAAUACUGGGAAACCAUAAAAGCUACCAAAGUUCAACUGCCAGUUCAAGUGAACUCAAAGGGUGAAAUCAACCCACCUCCAGCGGUACCUCAUCUAAAAGUGGUCUGCAUUUCCGAUACCCACAAUCAACUGGACCAAGUAAAGGAAAUUCCAGACGGUGAUGUUCUAAUCCACGCUGGUGACCUCACAAAUUAUGGAUCAGAAGAGGAGCUUAAAAAAUUUAAUGAUGAAAUAGGAAACCACGAUUUGGGAUUUGAUGACACGGAAAAUCUCAAAGAGCGUUUGGAACAGUAUCGCGGACAAGGAACCUCCAGAGGCUACCUACUGCUGACGAAUGCCACCUGGCUGCACGACAAAGGUGUUGAGAUCGAUGGUGUGAAUUUCUUCGGAUCAUCAUGGCAUCCUCUCUACGGAUAUCCUUUUUAUCGUCCACGGCCAGAGUUGGAAGAAAAGUGGAAGGUGCUGCCGUCAAACCUGGAUGUCCUCAUCACACACUCUCCAGCAUUAGGAUAUCUUGACGCUUUUGGCGACGAAAGAUGGGGCUGUCGUUAUCUGCUCAAGGAAAUUGAAGAGCGUGUGAAACCGAAGUACCACGUCUUUGGUCAUAUCCACGAACGACAUGGUGUUUUAUCCAAUGGACCUACGACUUUCGUCAACGCAGCCCAAGCGAACAGAUCGAAUAAGAUUGCUAACAGACCGCUCGUUUUCUACAUUCCAAAGAAGUAA